AUGGCCUCGUCCAGGGCGUCGUCGCCCGCGUCGCGCGAAGCGUCGCCCGAGCAAAUGACGCCGCGGUCCAAGAUCAAGGCGCUGCUCGCGACGGUGGAAAGCAGCGAUGAUGAAGGCGACAACAAGCCGUCGGGCAAUUCCAGCAAUGGGUCUCCCACAAGAAAGACCAGCGCCAGCAAUCGCGACGUGCAACCAACACGCAUAAACAACAUGGACAACGGCGGUAGCGACUCGGACGACUCCGAUGUGCCGGUCCGACCUCGAGGCAAGCUCGCAUCUCGGAUGCAGGGGAAUGCGGCUGCCUCGAAAUAUGUCGAAAACAAAGCAAACACUCCCGAAACAGCUAGGGAACGCGUCAGAAAGAUGCUCGAACGCGAAGCAGAGGCCGAGGCUGCGACCACGCGUGGCGAAGAGGCCGACGCGGAGAACGACGACGACCAAGAGCUCCCCGUGGCCCCGCGUCGGUUGAAACGACGUGCUCCCCGGGAUCCUACACCCGAUACUGCAGAGCAGCCUGCUCCCCGUUCACCUAGUCCCGGCCUCUUCGUCUCCUCACCCGUGCGACCGUCUCCCGCCAAGAGCGCCCACGCCGACCAAGAUUCCGACAACGACCUUCCCGCCCUCAAGUCAGAUCGCUUCAAGGCGCUGGUAGAGCGAAAGAGACAAGAACGCCUGGCACGAGAAGCAGCGGAGGAAGCCCGCAGGGCCGAGCAACGCGCUCGCCAGGAGAAGCUCGCGUCAGAGCUGGAAAUGCUCGACUCUGACGACGGCAAUGAUACCGGCAUCACCGACGAUGAGGGUGGGCGUAAGCUCACGCAAGAGGCCCGCCCGACGCGGAAAGCUAGCAGAAAGGCCAUCGAGGAAAUGAAUCGCGAGACGCAGCGCAUUGCACGUAACAUGCAGCUCGCGCACGAGGCGCGCACCAGGAAGAAGAUCACCAAGGCGAGCCUCUUCGAGAGAUUCAACUUUAGACCGGUCGGAGAGGCGCAGCCGGAGCCCAAGACGACGAGCUCUAGCCGACCGGGGACACCGCCGACCGACGUCGAGAUGAAGGACGUCGACACGCCGCCUAGCUCGCCGCCGGCGACCAAAGGAUCGGAAGUGCCACUCCCUCUGCCGAUCGGAGACGCUACGAUGCCUGAUGCUGAUGAAGAGGAAAUACCAUCUCUGGAUGAGGUGAUGAGCUCUUCUCAACCGCUCGAUAAGGGCAAGGGGAAAGCACCAGCUUACGACGCUGAACACCCCAGCAAGACAACGCCAAAGCCCAAGCGCCGAGUUCGCGUUCGUCUGCCAGUCAACGCCGCCAACCUAGUCACUAUUGACUCGGAUGACGAGCUGGAGGUUACCAAAACGACAAAAGACAAGAUCAUGGCAGUUUUCGACAAAGUCCCAGCCGACAGUGCCAAAGAGUCCCGGUCUAUGAAGGCUCUCCGGGCACUUGCGCUGGUCAAGUCGCCCAGCAAGGACAGCAGCCGUGGCCAAAAGGACCAUUCGAGCAUGACGCCCGGAGAGCUCCAGGCCUUGUUGUAUCAGAGAGCCAGGCAGCAGGCUAAGAUGGAACGUGAUCGCCGCCUCGACAUGCUAAAGUCCCAAGGGAUCGUGAUCCAGACCGCCGACGAGCGUGAGCGACAACAACAAGAGGUCGAGGACCUCGUCGCCAAGGCGCGAGAAGAGGCGCAAAAGAUUAUGCAGGAGGAGCGGGCUGCCGCCAAGAAGGAACGACAAGAGAACGGAGAGUCAGAUCCCUUGGGUUGGGAUGACAGCGAUGAUGAUGAGUACGAAGAUCCUGCCAAUGAGGCGGACGCCGAAGCGUCUGCUGUGGAACUUUCCGGUUCCGAGGAUGAGGACGAGGACGAGGAGGACGCCGACGAAGCUGAAGGGAACCCGCUGUUUGACGAGGACGCCGAGUCCGGAGAGUCAGAGCACGAGUCCGCAAACGAGGGCGAGGCUCUGGAUAACGAGGACGUGGACGACGCACCGGCCGUCAAGCGGAGGCGAGCGCGGAAAACGGCCAUCGUUUUGUCUGACGACGAAGCCGAUAUCGAGGCCACACCAAGGCCCGCAAGGACUGCCACUCAGGUAACCCCCGGCGCACCCAAGACCGUCUCUCCGGCCGCACCCACAUCCGUUCUCCGAUCAGCCAAGAAGACCUUCAUUCCCGGACUGCCUGUGCAGGGGCCAGCUGGCCUUGGCCUGACGCAGAUUUUCGCAGGCACCAUGGACGACAGCCAGGCCAGUCCAUCCGCGGGACCUACCCAGUCCAUGAUGCCCGACUUUGACGCUUUCCCGGACAGCAAUUUCUCGGCGACUGCGGGGACCCAGGGCGAGGACGUCGUCAUGGACUCGCAGCCAGAGACGGCAGUGCAAGCGACGCAAACGCAGGGCAUUCGACUGAACCUGUCGCAGUCGCAGAUGCAUGGUCUAGACAGCUUAUUCCCGGCUGGGCUGACGCAAGCAUCUGAGCAUAUAGAGGCCUCUCAGGACGGCGGCCUGCAGGAGUACACUCCUAUCAAGCAGAGGUUCGUCGAGCCUCCGGUUUCUACGGUUGACACCGUUCCACUGGGCCACGACGAGGAAGACGCGCCACACGAGUCGCCACUUGUGAGAAGAGGGCGGCUUCGUCGCAAGAUGGAAAUGUCCGUCAUCGAAGAGGAGUCUGCACAGCCUAGCGCCAAUGUAGCCCCUGUCGAGAACGCCUUCAGUGCCUUGGCCGACGCUGCUCGAAAAGAAAAGAGGAGACAGCAUGCUGAGGAGUUCAACCGCAAGAAGACCAAAGCGAAGGAGAUGGUUGAAGAGCAGGCUGAGGAAUCAGAGGACGAAUAUGCUGGCCUCGGCGGUGCCGACGGCGAGGACAGCGACAAUGAGUCCCAAGGAUCUCUGCAGGAAAUGGUCGACGACGACGCCGCGAAUGACGUGGACAGCGGCAAGCUGGCUGCCUUUUAUGCUGACCGGGAGCGUGCCAACGACGAAAAGGAGGUGGAGAAGCUGUUCAAGGACAUCACCACGGGCAUGCUCCGUCGUAAGCGGGGGGCCGACUACGACCUCUCGGACGAGGAUGACGGCGGCGAGGCACGACGAAGGAUGAAGCGUCGUCAGUUUGCCAAGAUGCAAAAGGCCCUGUUUUCGGACGAGCGCGUCAAAAAGAUUGCCGAGAACCCGGGCAACCAGGCGUUCCUCCGGACGAUUGAGGAUCACGGCAGUGACGACGAGAUGGACUUUUUGGACUUUGCGGCUUCGCAGGGGCAGGGCGACUCUCAGUCUCAGGAGGAAACGGACUCGGAGAAGCGCCCAGAGACCAUCCCUGACAGCCAGCCUGCGAAGCAGCCCCUUGCCCCGGGAGAGAACAGGGCCCCGGCGCACAUGCGGCGCACCAAGGGGGCUGCGGCCAAGAAGCCGUCAAACCUCGGUGAGGUGCGAGAGACGCUGUCGAGCCUGCUCGAGGAGCGUCAGCCUUCGGUGGUUCCCGCGACCGAGGUUGGCUCCGAUAGUGAGGACGAGCAGGACGACCAGGCGUCCAUGCGGAGUGAUAAGGAGAACUACGAGCCGAACCCGCGGCGUACGGGGCCUGCGGUGGUGGAUCGCAUCAGUCUGAAGCGCAACGCGUCCUCGUCAUCAGCAUCAGGCGCGCGCCUGGCAUUCUCCGCGCAAGCCUCGACCUCGUUCAAGGUCCCGGCUCUGCUGCGCCGCGCGACGACAAACUCGACCAUCAUGUCCGGGUCGACGACAAGCUCCAGCAACGGCGGCUCCGCGGCCACGGCGGGCAGCACAGCGGUGGUGGGCAGCGCGGGCGGGUUCGGCGACGACGCCAAGAUCAAGCGGGGCGCGGGCAAGAGGAGCGGCGUCAACGGGUUCGCGCGGGAGAGGGAGGCGCCGGGCGCGAUCAAGGAGAGCGAGCGGAGGAGGGAGCAGAGGAAGGUCAAGGGCGCGGUGAGGAGGGUGGGCGUCGUGGGCGGGCUGCUGGGCAAGGGGUCGUUUGAGUGA